AAGGAGAUCGGCGUAUCUCGUCUCUUCCCUUAUAUUACUUGUCACCCUUCCGUUUCCUGGACUUGUGAGCUAUGAGUGUUACUCUCCAAGAAAUGUUAAUCAGACAUCGCUAUGUGAACCUUGAGAGAUCCCGGUGUAGCUAUCUAUCACGAGCAAUGAGACCUUGAGGGAAAUUGAAAGAGAUAGAAACUGUUUCCAAGGUCGAGAUAAACGUUGAAUAUGAAAAUUUUGAAUGUGAUUGCGUCCAAACAAAUGAUCUAACGAAUAUUAACGUUUACUACGUAAUUAUGUUUGUCGAACGAUUGCACGAAUUUCAUUGAAAGUUUAUUUAUGGACGAGUGAUAGCACGAAUGAUUCAGGAGCUGCCUUGGGAGAUAACUUAUUUUUUUGCUAUUGAGGGAUGAUAAGAUUUAUUUGUCUUAGUUCAAUUUAAGACUUUUAAAAGAGUUGAUAAUGUGUAAUUGAGGCACAGGGACUCCUCUAACCCGUCAUUAUAUAAGCGAUGCCAAUCAUUAUGACAUUUCAAAUGACAAUGAUGAUGACAGUACUAGCUCUUUGGAAACAUUCUACCUAAUUGGUGAGCAAAGGUGGCGUAUAGAUACUGUACUGCCAGUUUCCUUGCUGCCAGCUACCGAGGGGAUGUCUGUUCGGUCCCAUCACAGGAUCCGGCAGUCCUCAACAGGACUGGACGAUGCUGGAAUGGAUCUACAAGUGGCACAACUUGGUGCCCGUGCUAGUCAGGAAGUCAGUUCUACCACUACUCUAUCAUGGAUGGAUUGGCAACUGCCACUCUUUGUAGUACUGUGUGCCAUUGCUGGUGCUAUUUUCUUCACUUUCCUGAUCUUGUUAUGGCUGCGGAAGCAAAUGUCGUGUGAAAAGGAUACAGAAGAUGGUGAUAGGCGUGGUCUGGUGGAAGAAGGUGCAGUGUGCCCUCCAGAGAAAUUAACAAAAGAAUCUAAGGAUCCUGUUGAAGCACAGUGGGUCUGUCAGCCUAUUAUGAAACCGCCUGUCUCAGUACAACCGAUUCGACCAAUUACACAUUCAUCUGCAUUACCCGAGAUAAUGACCGUGACAACGCCGGAACGUAGACCUGAAUCUAUACGCAUAAAAGCUAAGGGACUUCUGGAACGACGUGGUUCUAGUGCAAGCUUGACGAUAGAAUUGGCACCAGCACCCGAUAGUCCACCACAUAUAGUAACUCCAACUCGUGAGUGCACAGCCGAGGAAUUUCUUUUGAGUGCUGGAAACGUCUUAUCACGAGCUCAGCUUCACAAGAUCAUCAGAGAUCCAGUAUCGUUGCAUAAGGAAUUUUGGGAAGUUCCACUAAAUCUUCCGGACAAGGUGGACAUCUGUGGAUCUGGUAUAAAAAAUCGCUAUUGUUCCAUAUUACCAAAUCCUCAAUCAAGAGUCAUCCUGCCAGGAUCGGACGACCCUCUCGCUAGCUACAUUAACGCUAACUAUAUUCGCGGAUAUGAUGGUCAGGAUGCGCGCUAUAUUGCGACGCAAGGUCCUUUGGCUCAUACGAUAUCUGAUUUCUGGCGGAUGGUCUGGGCUGAAAGGGUUCCAGCAAUUGUCAUGAUGACGAGAUUACACGAAGCUGCGAAAACUAAGUGCGACGCCUAUUUCCCGUUGGAUAUUAACAGUCGGAUACAAGCUGGACCUUUUACUGUGAUUGUUACAUCCAUGGAAAAUAAGGAUGGAUACACAAUCAGAGAUUUAGAACUUAGGUUCGAAGGAGAAAGACGAAAUGUACAACAUUACUGGUAUGAUACGUGGCCGGAUCAUGCCGUGCCUCAAGCAGCUGGAGCGUUAGUUGGCCUAGCAGCAGAAGUGAAUUCCUUGCCAGGACCUAUAAUCGUACACUGUAGUGCAGGCAUAGGAAGAACAGGAUGCUUCAUAGCGUUAGCAACAGGAAUGGUUCAGCUUCUGAGAGACGGAAACGUCGACGUAUUGGGUAUCUUAUGUCAAAUGAGGUACGAUCGUGGUGGCAUGGUUCAAACAGCAGAACAGUAUGAAUUCGUACACAGAGCACUUUGUCUGUUCGAAAAGACGCUUGAAAAUACGACGCCUACGACAGGUGAUUGAAAGACAAUUGCAUGAAAAGCAUAAUCUCAAGGACAGAUCAUCCUUAUUUCCAACCGAUUCGAUGUCGCUGGACGAAUCAUCGAUAAUACCUGGUGCAAAGAACUUGUCGACAAAAAAGAUAAAUUACAAUUGAUGUUACGAGAUCACAAAAAGAAAGGAACUCUUGUCAAAUCCGUGAGUCUAAUGAGUCAAGUCUCACCUAUCAAGCUGCCAUAACUAAUACUGCCACGAUGAAUGGUUGACAUUUAAAAUCAAAGUCAUGAAGCUCAAAAGAGAGGACAGGAAACAUAUAAACGACUGGCCCUGUGGAGUAUAUUUUUCGGCGGACCUUAUUUUCAAGUCCAAUCAAACAGUUUGUCAAGAAAUGGGCAAAAUAGACUUGUGUCAUUUGGUCGAUAAGAAUCUCGACUUUGAGAGUGAAGCGUAAGGAGGAAGAGUAUAGCUUUUAUAUUGCGUUGCUUUAUGGAAAUGCUUCUUUGCUAACGGCGCUGCAGAAAAAAUAUCUCACUUAGUGCGCGAGGAACAUUCUUGUUUCUUGUGCUCGCGACAGCGAAGGCAGUGUCGAUUUUUACAUGGAAAUUCAUAGUCGGAUGAUCUUGUGAACUUCGUUUCAUGUGAAAACAGGUGUGUUAAUUAUAUUCUUGAAUUAUUUGUCGGUUGUCUUAUGGGAGAAUUUUAGAGUUUACAAUAGAGCAUUCAAGCAAUUUUCAUGUAGCUCUGCAAUAUAUAUCUAUAUAUAUAUAUAUAUAGUAUAUUAUGAUGCAUAUAGAAAGAUUCACUGGGUUGCCCAGGAGUAUAGAGGAUUUGUAUAGUUGAUUGUCAACUGUAGCCAAGUGUGACAACUAUUUUGUUUGAAUACUGUAUGAGCGAAUGAGGUAUAGCAAGAAUAACUGGAUUUAAGAAUGGAUGCUUUAACAAUUUGGGACCCAUGAAGAUUAUACAUUUCUAUCCUGAUUCCAGUUCCUAAUUACUCUUUGGUUUUUUGAAGAUUAAUUAUUAAACAUUAUUCUCUUGAUCUUUAAUUAAUUUAUUGACAAAGACUGAAUGCGAGUAGUACAAUAUUACGAUUACUUUAUUACGCGUUAAAGAUUGUAUGUAAGUUAGAUCGAACUGAAAAUGCCAUGCUUAAGUAGAUUAAAAGACAAAUUAAUUAAUUUAACAUUACGAUGUCGCUGAGAGGGACGUUGAUUAUUGGGAUUACAUAAUUCACAUAAGUCAUUUAAACUAUUGAAACUCCCUGCGAAAUUAUUCGUAAUCUCAAGCGUAAUAUUAUAAUACACAAAAUGAAGUAUAAACAAAAAAUAUAUGAAAUUAGUAGUCAAGUACGUAUAGAUACGAAUUCAGUGAAUAUGCCACCGUUGCGAAGUUUCAUUUUACAAAUCAGUUUGCGUCGUAAAUUUGCGAGCUUUUUUUAUAUAUAUAUAAUAUGAUCUGUACAUUUUCUCCUUUUUUCCAUCUUAUUCAAAUUAAAAACCGUUCUCAUUGACUGAUAGCGGUAAUAGACGACACCAAAGUCAAGUAGUUUAACGGUCAGUAAUGUUCUAUGGUCUUGCAUCUCCAAGAUAUAAUGAAAGUUACAGUCUCGUUACGAAUCUAAUUACAUUUCUCCGGGGACUAUCCUUUUAAAGUACCUAAGUCAUAUACUGUCUCAGAAAUAUGAGUAUCUAUAGACGUGUAGCGACAAUGUUUGUAGCUCUGUAAUAGCGAUGUUGCUACAUACGCACUACAUUGCCCAAAGACCUUGUGAAAUUGGUCACAGUGGUAUAUAACAUGUUUCAUGUAAAACGACCGAUACAUCUAGACUUAUAUUUGACUGCUUGCCAAUAUCUUGUAAUUACUUGCCGAAAAGAUGGUCAAGUACUGGAAAAGUAUGAAUGACACGAUAUGCCUUAAUACAUUUAGUACUUGACAUAAUACUGGUACAUCAAGAGUUUUGCGGCUUUAUUAUAAGCCUCUAAUUUGAUAAUCAGACAUUGUAAUCAAAUUUAUCUAUGAUUUUGGUAUAAUGUUUUUUUUAUUUUUUUUUUAUUGCAUCGCAAAGCACUGGUGCUAAUUUGAUUUAUAUUGUAUUUCGAUAGGCGAUGCGUAUCUACUGUAUUAUGCUGCAGACUCUUCGAAUUUUGUGGAAGUUGCAAAGUGCUGUAGAAAUGAAACAGAAAUUGCAAAAAAAAAUGAAUUACAUCUGGAUAAUGAAACAGUAAAUGUUUCAACUAUAUAAAAUUUUCAAACAGUUUCGCUCUUUACCUUCGAGUCGCAUACAAUUUCUUGGAUUAUCCGCACGUGCCUAAAUAAUGUCACACUCUUAAGGGGAUUGGGGUUUCGCAUUACUGUGGAAGUAAAGUGUAAGAAAAAAUUUGAAAUAGUAUAAUUUGCCAGAGAUUCUUUCCGUAAGCAAAGUUAACGACACAUUCUGCGCGGUAACCCUGAUUUUUAUAUCACUUUCGCAAUGACUAAUCCAAAACUGAAGAAAACAAGUUUUGGAUCAAUCAUUGCGAGAGUGGUAUCGAAAUUGGAUUUAAAAAAUCUCCGAAAAAUUCUGAUACUUUUUUUUUUAUGUCCGAAAACCGUACAAUGCCAUUAAUGCUCCCCAGUCCCAUUAAUGAAAUCAAAAGCUAUUGUUCACUUCAACUUCGUGCGCAGAAAUAUGUUAUUUUCGCUUUUAUUUAUCCAUCUGUGCUACGUUUUACAGCGCGUUAAUAUGCUUAGUUUGGAAUGGCGUGAAUGUAAUUACAUGGUGAGCGAAAGUUUGUGAUAUACAUACGUGUGUAUAUAAUAAUAUAUAUAUAUGCAUAUACAGAGAGCGAAAUAUAUUUAAGAGAGUAUGUAUUUGUGUAAAUGAAUUGAGAGUAAAGUAUUUAUGAAUGCGCGAAGCCACAAACCACAGUAAAAUAAAGUAAUAACUACAGUAUAAUGAAAAUGAAAUAAUUUUAGUAACCCCUUGGUGUUCAAUUGUACUUAUGUGACGUAAAUAAAUGUUUAUUGUAUCCAA